AUGGCCCGCUCCCGCCGCGCGAAGCUCGUCUCCCUGACCAACACCACCAAGCGUGGCCGUGAGCAGAAGGAGAACCUCAUUACCGAGAUCCAGGAGGCCAUCGAGCGCUUCAACAACAUCUAUCUUUUCUCCGUCGAGCACAUGCGCAACACCUUCCUGAAGGACAUUCGUGCCGACCUGCCGGAUUCGCGCUUCUUCUUCGGCAAGAACCGCGUCAUGUCCAAGGCCUUCGGUGUGGCCCUCUCGGACGAGCCGCACCCCGGCCUGGCGGAGAUCGGCCGCCGUCUGGUCGGCAAUGUUGGUCUCCUGCUGACCAACCGCCCGCACGAUGAGAUCGUCGAGUGCGUUCCUCCCUGGUGUCGCCAUUUCCCACCUGGCGAUGUGUAG